AUCCGGAGGAGGAGGAGGCGUGAAGCUGGAUCUCAGGAUGUAGCCCUGCGAGGAGCGGCUCCCCGGCAAGGGGACCCCGCAGGGAUCAUCCGGCACAAUGAGGAAGUUCCGGGCAAGGUUCUGACACCAUGAAGGGCUAUCAUGGGGAGCGCAGCCAAUCACAGAGCUCCACAGGGCACCCGUGUCACUGCAUCCCAGAGGACUGUGACCAGCCCCUGGACUACAUCCGCCACAGCCAGGAAUCCAGGCAGCCGUACCUCCUCAGCCCCAGUGAGCCUUGUUCUUUGGAUCACCGCUACUGCCCCUCUCGGAGCCCCGCUGAGUGCCCAGGCGGGCCGAUGAGCCUGACCGAGCCGCUCUCCGCCAGCAGCAGCAGCACCUUCCCCAGGAUGCACCAUACGCAGCAGCAGUACGACUCCUGCGACGAGUGCAUGGCGGCCACCCACCCCUCCAGCAAGAUCAACCGCCUGCCCCCCACCCUGCUGGACCAGUUUGAGAAGCAGCUGCCGCUGCACCAUGAUGGCUUCCACACGCUGCAGUACCAGCGGGCCAGCACCACGGAGCAGCGCAGCGAAAGCCCCAGCCGCAUUCGCCACCUGGUCCACUCCGUCCAGAAGCUCUUCGCCAAGUCCCACUCCCUGGAGGCCCCGGCCAAGCGGGAGUACAACGGCACCAAGAUGGAGGGCCGGGGGGAUGGGUACCACCAUCACCACCAGCACCGGCACAGCAAGCGGAGCAAGAGCAAAGACCGCAAGCUGGACUCCCGGCACCGGCCCAAGAUGAUGGGCUGGUGGAGCUCUGACGACAACCUGGACAGCGACAGCAGCUACCUGGUGUCCGGCCGGCACGCCGUGGACCAGGGCACCCAGUACUGUGUGGAUGCUCCUGAAAGUGCCUUCAGAGACUUGACCUUGAAGAGUCUAAAAAGCGGGGGGGAGGGCAAGUGCCUGGCCUGCGCUGGCAUGUCCAUGUCGCUGGACGGCCAGACGCUGAAGAGGAGUGCCUGGCACACCAUGACGGUCAGCCAAGCCCGGGAGGCGUAUCCCAGCUCGGGAGGCAGCCAGGAGAAAGCCUUGGUACUGCAGGAGGCAAAAGCCAAAGACAGAGGCUACCAUUACCUUCAGGUGCCGCAGGACGAGUGGAGCAGCUACCCAGCGGUGGGGAAGGACGGCGAGAUCCCCUGCCGGCGAAUGCGGAGCGGCAGCUACAUCAAGGCCAUGGGGGACGACGACAGCGGCGACUCGGAGGCCAGCACCAAGGUGUCUCCCAAGGGCUUGUUCCGGCGAGAUGGCUACCGCCGCUCCUCCAGCGUAGACCAGGCCAGGACCAAGUUUGCAAGUAGGCACUAUUCUGAUUCAUAUAUCUGUAACUGUCCCAGCUGCUGCACCCCGCCCAGACUGCACCCUCGGGGACAGGGCUACGGACGCUCCUUCACCACCGGCCAGAUCAACGAGGAGCUGAACCACCAGUUUGAGGCGGUCUGCGAGUCUGUCUUCGGCGAGGUGGAGUCCCAGGCCGUGGAGGCCCUGGACCUGCCUGGCUGCUUCCGCAUGCGGAGCCACAGCUACCUGCGGGCCAUCCAGGCGGGCUGCUCCCAGGACGACGACUGCCUCUCGCUCUUCUCCAUGUCCGUCCCGCCCAGGCCAGCCAUCACCAGCAGCAUCCUGAAGCCCAGCACCUCCUUCAGUUACAGAAAAGCGCCGCCUCCCCUCCCUCCAGGAAUCAAAGCCAAGCCCUUGAUCUCAGUCACGGCACAGAGCAGCACUGAAUCCACCCACGAGAGCUACCUCCCCAGCGAGGUCGCCCGGAGCCCCUCGUGGUCCAAAGACGCCGCGGCUCGCUGCAACUCCACGGAGAGCUUGGAGAACUCCAAGGUGACAGCCAUCUCCUUGGAUCUGCCUCCCGUCCAGCCCCGGGGCUCUCCCAAGCCGUCCACACUCAUCAUCAAGGCCAUCCCGGGCCAGGAAGAGCUGAGGAGCUUGGCACGGCAGAGGAAAUGGCGCCCGUCCAUCGGAGUUCAGGUUGAGACUAUAUCUGAUUCUGACACAGAAAGCAGGAGCCAGAGGGAAUUCCACUCCAUCGGGGUGCAAGUGGAGGAAGACAAAAGGCGGGCCCGGUUCAAGCGCUCAAACAGCGUGACGGCCGGCGUGCAGGCAGACCUGGAGCUGGAAGGCUUCACGGGCCUGUCGGUGGCCACAGAGGACAAGGCCUUGCAGUUCGGGCGGCCCUUCCACCGGCACUCCUCAGAGCCAGAUGCGUCCAGCCGGCAGUACUCGGUGUUCAAGACAGUGCACACGCAGGGCCAGUGGGCCUACCGGGAGGACUACCAGAUGCAGUAUGACACCGUGGAGGUGCCCCGGAGGGACUCCUGGAUCGAGAGGGGCUCCCGCAGCCUCCCCGACUCUGGCAGGGCCUCUCCCUGCCACCGGGACGGGGAGUGGUUCAUUAAGCUACUGCAGGCUGAGGUGGAGAAGAUGGAAGGCUGGUGCCAGCAGAUGGAGCGGGAGGCCGAGGACUACGACCUGCCGGAGGAGAUUUUGGAGAAGAUCCGGAGCGCCGUGGGCAGCACCCAGCUCCUGAUGUCCCAGAAGGUGCAACAGUUUUUCCGACUCUGCCAGCAGAACAUGGACCCUAAUGCGUUCCCCAUGCCCACCUUCCAAGACCUGGCUGGAUUCUGGGACCUCCUGCAGCUGUCCAUCGAGGACGUCAGCUUGAAGUUCGCGGAGCUUCAGCAGCUCAAGGCCAACGGAUGGAAACUCAUUGAGCCCAAGGAAGAGAAGAAGGUCCCUCCCCCGAUACCAAAGAAGCCGCCGCGCUCCAAGGUGCACCCAGUGAAGGAGCGCUCCCUGGACUCCGUUGACCGACAGAGACAGGAAGCCAGGAAAAGGCUCCUGGCGGCCAAGAGAGCUGCCUCCUUCCGCCAGAACUCAGCCACCGAGAGCGCAGACAGUAUCGAGAUCUACAUCCCCGAGGCCCAGACCAGGCUGUGAACAGAGCCCUGGCUUUUCUACCGCACUGUACAGAGAGAGUACAUAGCUCACUGUGAUGGCCAGGGCCCGAGCCGCAGGGACCCCCCGGGGCAGCUCUCAGCCCACUCACAGCUUCUCGACUUUUUAUCAUCUACGAUUCAUGGAUCCGACGGUGAAUGAACACGAGCCUGGUUCUGUCCUGCCCUCGUGCCCCUCCCCGUGGGGCAGGGCUCUUCCCCGCCCUGCCUGCCCACGAGCCCCUUCCUGGCCUUUCCCCAUUGCCCUGGCCUCUCCCCAAGCCCCCUGUCUGCCCUGAAGCCUUUUCUGCCCCCCAUCUCCCCUCCGUCUUGCAGCUCCUUCCUGUCCCCUUCCCUGCACACUCCCUAGUGGCCUCCUGUACCCUCCUUUCAGAGCUCUUUGUACCUUGCUCCUUGCAGCCCCCCUCCCCUUUGUUACCCCCUCUCCUCUCCUCAUGCCCCCCCUCUUCUCCCGCUUUCCCCCUUAGACUGGAGAGGGAGGAGCCCCCCCCAGCUCAGCUGAUUGGGGGGGGAGGCAGGCCGAUCCUCCCCUGCACCUCCAUGUAUCUUCCCCCCAUGGUCGUGCCACCUUUAACUUCUCCCAUUUCCUCAAUUCAAUGCAAACAAAGCGUCUUGGGGGGAAGCGCCGCUGAGCUCCUGCCAAGUCACCAUUCCCGGCCACCCGGCGGGCCAGCUUCCCUUGCUGGCAUGAGGCUUCGGGCCGUGGCAGGCACGAGGGGCAGUCCCUCCACGCACCCCGAGCACAGUUCAGUCCCAUCCCUGCCUCUCGCUUGGGCACCUCGGGGAAUCCAUGGUCAUAGACCUAUAUACAUAUAUACAUAUAAUCGAAGGAAUAAAACAAAAACUACACAUGACCACAGCUGUGUUCCUGCUGGUGAGACUGGGAUCAGGUCAUCAGGAAAUCCAUGGCAGCAGCAAAACCAGCCCCUGCUUUCCCUACACGUACAUCGUCCGUAAGAAUAUGCUAUGAUUUCUCUUCUUUCUUUCUCUCUUUCUUUCCCUUCCUGCAAGCGAGAAUCCUGGGCCUGCGCUGGGGUGCGUCCACUCGUCACGGGAGGCCAGGAGAAGGUCAAAACUUGGCUGGUCACUUUAUUUUCCAUCCCUCUUUGAUUUCCCCACCAGCUGCUGGUCUGACUAGAUGAGCCAGGGAGUGGAAUUCGAGGGGGAAUUUGGGGGGCGGGGGAGCAAGUGUCUUUGGAGCAGCGUUUGGAUUCUGUCUGGCAAGGGCAAGGGCUGGCAGAAGCUGAGGUCUUUGGGGUUGGUUUUUGGGUUGGGUUUCCCUGGCUGCUUUCCCCCCUCCAGUUAGACGGGGCAUAGAAACAAGCCUGGCCUUUCAAGUGACCAAUCCACCAUGCAGGGUAUUGACCCGAGCCAAGUGCAGGGCACUGGUUCUGACCCAUCUGCAUCUGGUCUAAAGACACGGCUGUCCCCAGGGGCCAGGCCAGCGGAGACGGCAGGGAAUGGCGAAUGUGCCAUUGACAACCCGUCUUGCCUUAGGAGGAAGAGGAACCUGCUGUUGUGUCUCCGGGGUGUUGCUGUGCCGGCUCCUUGUGUUGUAUUUACUAUUGUUAAGGAAGGUGAGAAAACCCUUGGAGCUGUCAACCGCACCGACGGAGCUCCAGCAGGUGAGGGUACUUGGGGACGAUGUUUCUGUGGACAGAGCUGGCCUGUCUGAAUGUCGGGGGGAGGGCCUCGGGGGCCACCUGUGGGGUGAAAUGCGGGUUCGUUGUUACGUGCCACGUCUGUUCUGUAUGAUGAUCCCAGAGCCUCUGUUUCGGGGCUUCUCAACCCAAGGGUCACAAACCCCUGGUGCUGAAUGGGGUGGGGGUCUCAGCCAAGUGGGAGUGGGUUCUGGUACGGAAAAGCUGGAGAACCCCUGUGCAAUAGCAGCCGGGGCAAAAGUGACACUGCGCUUGCUGUGCGGCCCCUUGAGCAGUGGACUGGGAGGAUUUAUUCCAGCCGGGCUGCGAUGGGGCUGCCCAUGCCGGCCCCGGCUGCCCAGCCCGUAAAGAAGCCCUUCCCCGACAAUGCAAACCAACCGGAGCGGUAGGCACUCAGGAGUGAGCCACGCCCAUGCCAGCCAGGCCCAUCGCCUUCUGGGCCUUCUCCCUCCAUCACAAACGCUCCCCAGCCCCUCUCCCUGCCCUGCAGCUGCCCUGGGGGGGCUACCCAAACCCUCUGGCUUUGCCAAAGUCUCCAUUUGGCUCCAGCCACCCAGCGAUGCAGCCCACGCUGUCCUCUGCUGAGGAAAGGCUUUUGGUGUCACCUGCUGCUCCCAUCCCGGGGACCCAUCUGGGCUCACAGAUGCCAAGACCGGGCCCCUCCUUCGCAGCACGGUGCCCUACCGAGCAGGGCAGCGGCCCUCGCUGCUGGCAGCUGGGCUAGGCCACAAAGAGAGUCCAGCAGGGCCAAGGCCUGGAGCCCUCACUAGGUUCAGCCUGAGUAAGGACUGGGGUAGGCCAGCAGGCAUUAGCCUUCAGUCUCUAUCGGGCCAAUAGCACCCAGGGACAGCAGCUCCCUCCCCGGUCAGUCACUGUCAUUAACGCCAGCUGGGAAAGUGAUUUGGAAAAGCAAAGCCACGGGCAAGUGGAACUGGAGGUUGCCAUGGUGGCGGGGCUCUGGCUCAUGGCCUGUUGGUUGUCACCCUGUGCCUCAUGCAGUCCUUUACCUCGCAGCAAAGCGAGCGUGAAAUGCGGCCGUUCCGUUCGGUGGCGCCUACCCCCACUUUGCACUGGUGUAAAAGAUGGGCCCUGGGGCAAUGGAGGAUUGGGACCCUGCUCUGUUCAGACCACCUCAGUGACGAUAACCUCCAGCAGGUGCACCGGCUCCCUAACCGCCGGCCCCCCUGGGAGGCAGGGUAAGUGCCGCUCUCCUUAGCGGAUGGGGAAAUGGAGGCCCAGGGAGCUCAGGGGCACGACUCCUAAGCUCCCAUCUGUCACUGGAGACAGACCGAAGACAUGAAUGUGGGUCUGCCCUUCCCCAGGCUGAGUUCCUGCUCGUGAGAGUGGGAGGGGCAGAUGGGAUUCGCCUUACAAGAGCCCCCUCCUCCAUGGGCAUCCCAUCCUCCAUGGUACCGCAUUAGCAGUGCCCUGUCCUCCCGGGUAUCAUGAGGGAUGUCCUCACACGCAUGCUACAUUAGAGGAGUGCCCUCCUUCUUCUGGCAUGGCUGCCAUCGUAGCUUUCAUCAGAACCCACUUCAGCGCGUAGCCAUCACCCCUGACAGCAUGUAGAUGAAUAGUGCCUGGGGAGCCUGCUAUCCAUGGCUCCCUUCGUGCAUCGUUACCUGCACACAAGCCAAAGGU